AUGGGAUUUACCUGGGCCGCAAGUCCUGCCUGUACCGAACUGGAAAAAAUUGUCCUUGACUGGUUUGGAAAGGCAAUAGGUUUACCGGACGAAUUUUUAACAUUGAGUGAAGACAGUAAGGGUGGAGGUGUUAUGCAGGGUUCCGCCAGUGAUUGUGUAUUCGUAUGUAUGUUAGCAGCAAGGACCCAUGCUAUAAAACGCUUGAAACAGCGGCACCCCCUUGUAGAAGAGGGGACACUACUGUCCAAAUUGAUGGCUUACUGUUCAACAGAAGCUCACUCUUGUGUUGAAAAAGCUGCAAUGUUAUGUUUUGUAAAACUGAGAAUUUUGGAGCCCGAUGAAAAAUCGUCGCUUAGGGGACAAACUUUGCAAAUGGCAAUGGAAGAAGACAAAACAAUGGGUUUGGUACCUUUUUUCGUUUCAACCACUCUUGGAACAACAUCUUGUUGUUCGUUCGAUAAUCUUUCUGAAAUAGGACCCGUUUGCAAAAAAUUCCCCUCAGUGUGGCUCCAUGUCGAUGCGGCUUACGCAGGAAAUUCAUUUAUCUGCCCAGAACUCAGGCGUUUUCUUAAAGGAGUCGAAUAUGCCGAUUCUUUUAAUACAAACCCCAACAAGUGGUUGACGGUAGCUUUUGAUUGUUCUACCAUGUGGGUUAAAGACAGAAAUCGACUUACUUCGGCCUUCAUAGUCGACCCUUUGUAUUUACAACACGGUUACAGUGAUGCUGCAAUCGAUCAUCGACACUGGGGGAUUCCCCUCAGUAGACGAUUUCGCUCAUUGAAACUUUGGUUCGUUAUGAGAUGCUGUGGUUUAUCUGGUCUGAGAAAUUACAUUCGACACCAUAUUCGCUUGGCCAAAAAGUUCGAACAUAUGGUUAAGCACGAUAAGCGGUUCGAAAUUUGUAAUGAUGUUAAGCUCGGUCUGGUCUGUUUUCGUUUGAAAGGCGAUGAUCACUUAAAUGAAAAACUUCUUAGCAAUAUAAACGCUUCGGGAAAACUUCAUAUGGUCCCAGCGUUGGUUCGCCACAAAUAUGUCAUCAGAUUUUGUGUUACGGCACCAAAUGCAACUGAUGAAGAUAUUGAGUACGCAUGGGAAAUUAUAAAAGAAUUUGCUUCUAGUUUAUUGGAAGCUAAAGAAAAUGAAGAGGAAAUUUCUGACGGUAGAAGGCGAAAACGUUCUGCUUUUAUGCGUUCUUCUUUUGUGCGCAUGGUCAGCGAUUCUAAAUUUUACAACCCUUCAGUUGGAAGAAAGCCCCAUGCAAUAACAGGUUCUGAAAAUAACCCAAUGCAACCAUUGCGGAGUUCAUCUAGGAUAAGUUGGCCAUUAGCCUAUUUAAUUAGAGGGACUGAAGAAGAAGGUGUUCCUCAUUUGGACCAAUCAGGAUCAGGAAAUGAUGGCAGUCAUUCGUCGAGUGCUAAACAGGACAACAAGCCGAAAUAAAUGUUUUAGUAAAAGGCAAAGAAGUAUCAAAUAUUAUUGAUUUGUUAUUCCUGUUCUAUUGAAUUCCUUCACUGUUUUCUUUAUAAAGAAAUUGUAGCGGGUCACGGCACUGUAGAAAAUGGGAAAUGUUUGGGUUUCAAUCACCUUUUCUUUAAAAAUACACCUUGAGCAAAAUCGAAAAAAAAA